CCCACCGCGAAUCCGGGGGACGCCUCCUCCUCGCCUCUCUCUCCCUCUCCCUCUCCCUCUCGCCUCCCUUCCCCCGCCCCUAAAGCGCGACCGCACCGCCGCCCGGAGCCCAGCCGCCCAAGUCGGCUGCUCGCCCCCUCUCCCGCUUGCUCAGCCGACCCCGGGAGCCCAGGAUCGUGCCAGAGGCAGGCAGGCAGGAAAGGGGCUAACGAGAGCAGCUGGUUGGGACUGGUGGAUUGGCAAUCGUGUGAUGUACUUGGCUCUGCCGCUGAUCCAACUCAAGCCAGCUUGAUCACGCAGCCUCGGCACACCAUGGCGCCAUCCGCUGCCGCUGCAGCCAGCAGCACCGAGGCUGACGGGGCACAGCGCAUGGCCAAGUUCCUCUGCAGUUUCGGAGGCAGCAUCCUGCCCCGCCCCCUCGACGGCCGUCUCCGCUACGUCGGCGGCGACACCAGGAUCGUCAUGCUGCCCCGCGACAUAUCCUACUCCGACCUGGCGGCGCGGAUGCGGGAGCUCUAUGACGAUGCCGAUAUCAUCAAGUACCAGCAGCCUGAUGAGGAUCUUGAUGCACUGGUCUCGGUUGUUAAUGAUGAUGAUGUGGUGAACAUGAUGGAGGAGUAUGACAAGCUCAUUGCUGCGGGAGAGGGGUUCACUAGGCUCAGGGUCUUCUUAUUCUCGCAGCACCUGGAUGAUGAGGCUGCAUCAGCAGCUGUGCAUUACCAUGGGGAUGAGCGGGAGACGGAGAGGAGGUAUGUCGACGCGCUUAACAGCCUUGGUGACAUGAGAUCACCUUCAUCUCCUGUGUCAGUGGAGCAGCUUUUUGGUAUCGGAGGCAAUGAGUCAGGAAUUCCCGAUAUUGCUGGCCUGCGGCAUUUGAAUGUUCCUCGUGCCUCACAUAAUCAGCGGUAUGGGGAGAUGGAUUCUCCUUGGAGCCCUGCAUAUAUCUCUCCGGGGCAGUAUGGAGUGCCUGAUCCAAGGGAUUUUCCCAUUUCACCAUCAUCUGCAAGGUUUCAAGUUGGAGCAGAGGACUUUGAUGAGAGGAUUCCUGAUGAUUUUGUGAGGCAAUCGCCAAAAUAUCGGCAUUAUGAGGCUCAGUCACCGCCACAUGUGGAUAACUUGGUCUGGCUUCCACCUGGUGCUGUAAUUCAGCAAAAUGCUGGCUUCCCAGGGAAUUUGGGCCGCUCCGGCAAUUUCUUGGAUGGAAACAGUGUAUAUGACUCCCGUUCGUCAUUCCAGAAGGGUCAAGGUUCAGUGAGUGAUCCUCGUUAUAUGGAUCCCCGUUGGAGGCCAGUCCAACAACAUUUUGAUCAAUCAAGCAUGGCAAGUGAGUAUUCUGCUCACCCUGCUAUUCAGCGUCCAGAUUAUGGUCGUCCUGGUGAGCAUUAUGUUGUAGGCCAAGAUGUUAGACUGGAAAAUGGUGUUUAUGUGAAAGAGCAAACGGGUGGUCACCCUCCCAUGUUCUACAACGAAUCACAUUCUCAUGAUAGAUCUUGGCAUGUGCAUCCCAACCAAAGCCAUCAACGGUAUGAGGAUCCAAGGUUGAAUCUGCCUGCUAAUGGUAGAGUGAUGGAUCCGUAUGCUGAUAGCAACUCAGCUAAUUCUGCAUUUGCACCCAGCAAAGUAUAUGAAAUGCAUUCAACAUCUCACAGCCGCUCAAGCCAUGAAAGUCCCCACUAUUAUCAUGGCAGUGGCCAGGGCGAGCAUGUGAGUAGUGGCUCCUAUGUCCAGACAUCAGGUUUUGAAGAAUCGACAGGCCAGCAUUACAGCCAUACUUCAACAUAUGGUGCUGAUACCUUUUACCAAAUGCAGCAGAACUUGCCGCCACUUCAAUCCAUGAGAAGGAGAGCAAGCAGCCCUGUUCACACAGGCUCAUCAUAUGAAUCACCGCACCUGCCGAUCCCAAAUGGGAGCAUCAACUCCAACUUUGUCAGAAACACAGGUGAUGUUAGUCCAAGGAUUCCUGGUAUGCCUGCAUAUGAUCGAGUCCCAAACCCAUGGCCUUCACCCAAUGGCAACAUACCAUAUAGAAUCGUUGGACAUGAUGUUCCCGCUGUUGUUGAGAACCCUUCUUCCCUUGGUUCUCGGUCAGGUCCAAACACUGCUCAGUAUGUUCAGCCUUUCUUUGCCCCAGAAUCAGUCCAGCAGCAACCAGGAGCUCCAUUGGUAGAAAUUUUUCCUGAAAGAGCAUCCGCUGGACCCAUGCUAUCACCGCUUGAUGGUAAAGUAUCUGUUGCUGCGGUACCCCUUGCUGAUCAUUUGUCCAGGUUGGACAUUAACACAACAAAGAAAUUGGAAGGAGCAGAUGAUGAAAGGCACACUCAAAAUGUGACUGAAACAAAACCUUCACACGCUGCGAGUGACCCUAGCACCUUGGUUCACAAUGUUGGAGUUGAUCUCCAACGGGGCAAACCUACAGAACAUGACGGUGGGGCUGUUGCAUUGCAGCAGUGUGGGGAUAUAUCGGAGAACAGAUUAAAUAUCCUUCCAGAGUUUGUUGCCUCUGUUAAAAAGGCUGCACUGGAAGAGUCUGAGAAGCCAGUAGAGGUUCAGCCAGAUGCUCGUCCUGCAAAUUCACCUGUUUGUGAUAACGGCAAUGAUGGGAAGAAGUUUGAUGAGAAUACUGAUGUAGAUCAGGAUCCUGAUGUGCAUGGAAGCUGCGACCAGCACAAAAGUUCUGGGAUCGAAACUACACCCGCUGAAGCUGAAGCUUUGUCUAAAGGAUUACAGACUAUAAGAAAUGAUGAUCUGGAGGAAAUCAGAGAGCUUGGUUCGGGUACUUAUGGGUCAGUCUUUCAUGGUAAAUGGAGGGGUUGUGAUGUUGCCAUCAAAAGAAUAAAAGCUAGUUGCUUUGAUGGAAGGCCAUCUGAGAGAGAGCGCUUGAUAGCGGAUUUCUGGAAAGAAGCUCAGAUCCUGAGCUCGCUUCAUCAUCCAAAUGUAGUUUCAUUUUAUGGUGUUGUUCGUGAUGGCCCUGAUGGAAGCUUAGCGACUGUUACCGAGUUUAUGGUCAAUGGGUCUCUCAAACAAUUCCUGAGGAAGAAAGACAGGACAAUUGAUCGCCGCAAAAGGGUUAUAUUGGCUAUGGAUGCUGCAUUUGGCAUGGAAUAUUUGCAUGGGAAGAAUAUUGUCCAUUUCGAUCUCAAGUGUGAGAACCUACUGGUAAACAUGAGAGAUCCACAACGACCGAUCUGCAAGAUUGGUGAUCUUGGGCUAUCAAAGGUGAAGCAGCAUACUUUGGUGUCUGGUGGUGUUAGAGGAACCUUACCAUGGAUGGCACCUGAGCUUCUGAGUGGGAAAAGUGAUAUGGUGUCCGAGAAGAUUGAUGUCUACUCAUUUGGUAUUGUGAUGUGGGAGCUACUUACCGGGGACGACCCUUAUUCUGAUAUGCGUGCAGCUGAAAUUAUUGGGGGCAUCGUGAACAAUUCUCUUCGUCCUCAGAUCCCUUCCUGGUGCGAUCCUGAAUGGAAAUCAUUGAUGGAAGGUAGUUGGGCUGGUGAACCAGCUCAAAGGCCAUCCUUCACUGAAAUAUCUCAAAGGUUGCGGAAAAUGGCCGCGGCAAUGAAUGUUAAAUAAAGGGCUCAAUUUAUUACAACGCGAAGAGGCAUGUAAGGAAUCCCAUGUCCAGUUCCCUGACUAGAGGAAGGCAAACCCGGAAUAUAUGUUACAUGUGUCUUGGCAGCGUCUCGGUUUAUCCUAGUUGAAAUGAGAUUUUAUGAAGGCCUUCCAUGGGAGGAGAAAUUCAUCACGGACGGUUCUAAAGCGUAUUUGAUGUGAGCCUCCCCUGUUCCUUCGACAAAAUUUUGAAGUGGUUCUAGCAAACGUGACUUCUCCAUUUCCUGCCUGCAGGAGUCGUCAGCUGCCGCCGUUUGCCUUCAAGUACGAGAUAUAUAUUGCAUCUGUCCAUUCCUCAUGACGGGAACUGUUGGGGUUUGUAAUGUAAAUAAAUUUUGGCCCGCUCCGUCCGGUGCAUGUUAGAUGUUGCACGGGACUAGACACGGUGCAAAGCUGGACGCAGUUAUCCCUUUUUCUUUCAUACGAUUGUGUCCUGAGAAAAAGAGGGAACAAACUCUGAACAAGAGAUAUCCUUAUUCAGAUUGUACAUAGUUCACGAAUAAGAUUUGCGGGCCGCCUUGAAAAUGUUCUUUCCUGUAUAUAUAUAUCUUCACUGCCAUGAUCCCACCAGUCAUGGUGCUUGCUUGGUAAUUAUUAUU